GGUUUGCAAAGAUGGAAAUCACCAGGAGCAAUUUUAAGGAUACUUUGCCAAAAGUUUAUAAAGCAAUUGAAGAGGCAGACUUCUUGGCUAUUGAUGGUGAAUUUUCAGGUAUAAGUGAUGGCCCAUCUGUUAGCACUUUAACAAAUGGCUUUGAUACGCCAGAGGAAAGAUAUACAAAACUGAAAAAGCACUCUAUGGAGUUUUUACUUUUUCAGUUUGGCCUUUGCACUUUUAACUAUGAUAACACAGAAGCAAAGUACUUAAUGAAAUCCUUUAACUUUUAUAUAUUUCCAAAGCCGUUCAACAGAAAUUCCCCAGACAAGAAGUUUGUUUGUCAGAGCUCAAGUAUAGACUUUCUGGCUAACCAGGGUUUUGAUUUUAAUAAAGUUUUUCGCAAUGGCAUUCCAUAUCUGAAUCAGGAGGAGGAAAGGGUUUUGCGAGAUCAGUAUGAAGAUAGGCGGUCUCAGUCAAAUGGAGCAAGCACAAUGUCCUACAUAUCUCCAAAUUCCUCAAAGACUCCUGUGAGCAUCCCAGAUGAGCAGAAGGGUUUUAUUGACAAAGUGGUGGAACGGGUUGAGGAUUUUUUAAAAAAUGAACAGAAAAGCAUGAAUGUGGAGCCUUGCACUGGGUAUCAGAGAAAGCUAAUUUACCAGACGUUGAACUGGAAGUACCCACGAGGCAUUCACGUGGAGACCGUGGAAUCGGAAAAGAAGGAGCGGUACAUUGUCAUCAGUAAAGUUGAUGAAGAAGAGCGAAAAAGAAUGGAGCAGCAGAAACAAGCAAAAGAACGGGAGGAACUAGAUGAUGCAGUAGGCUUUUCCCGAAUUAUCCAAGCAAUCUCAUCCUCGGGUAAACUUGUAGUUGGCCACAACAUGCUGUUGGAUGUUAUGCACACCAUACAUCAGUUUUUCUGCCAGCUGCCUGAUGAGCUAAAUGAGUUUAAGGAGGUGACGAAUUGUGUGUUUCCAAGAGUCUUGGAUACAAAACUUAUGGCCAGCACAAAUCCAUUUAAGGAAAUUAUUUAUAACACAUCCCUUGCCGAACUGGAAAAGAGAUUAAAAGAGGCUCCUUUCAAACCUCCUAAAGUUGACAGUGCUGAGGGUUUUCAAAGUUAUAACACUGCAUCUGAACAGCUUCACGAAGCAGGAUAUGACGCCUACAUCACAGGACUGUGCUUUAUUUCUAUGGCAAACUAUCUAGGUUCGUUUCUUAGUCCACCAAAAGAUUAUGUAUCAUGUCGAUCAAAAAUCGUUCGACCAUUUUUUAACAAGCUGUUUUUGAUGAGAAUUAUGGACAUACCUUAUCUCAAUUUAGAAGGACCAGACUUGCAGCCUAAAAGGGACAAUGUACUUCAUGUUACUUUUCCAAAAGAAUGGAAGACCAGUGACCUCUACCAACUAUUCAGUGCCUUUGGUAAUAUUCAGGUGUCCUGGAUAGAUGAUACAUCUGCAUUUGUGUCACUAAGCCAACCCGAACAGGUCCAAAUAGCUGUGAACACCAGCAAGUACGCAGAAAGCUAUCGUAUCCAGACCUAUGCAGAAUAUAUUGAAAAAAAAAAUGAUGAAAGCCAAACAAAAAGAAAAUGGGCAGAAGAUGGAUGGAAAGACUUGGAGAGGAAGAGACUGAAAACCCAAUACAAUUCUUACAUUCCGCAGAAUCCAGUGUUUUACGGUAACUGUUUUGCUCCAAGUUUUGCUGUGAAAAGAAGCAUGAGCCCCAUCCAAGAGGAAGCAGCCUCUGAUGAUACUGAAGAAGUUCAUACCCAUGAAAAUGAUCCUUCCAACCCUGGUGCUACAGAGCAGGGGAAGAAACCCAAGAACCACAAGAGACAAAAAAUAGACUCUGCUCCACCAGAAACCAGUGACGGUGGCUCUUCUGUCCUUUUUGAAGUUCCAGAUACUUGGUAGCACUGAUGACAACUAGAAGCCUGCACGGUUUGGGGAGCCAUAGAUCUUUCUUUAGCUUAGAUGUGGAUGAUGCUAUGCAGCUUGUGCAUUGGUUGCUUCUCAGCUACUCUUGACUUACAAGAAGCACAACUAGUGGACUGUGGUGAAGUCUACCUGUAAUUGAAACCCCUUGUAUUUAUGGAGACAUAUUUCAUAACUUUUGGGGUUCAGUAGAUUUCUGUAUGGUUUGCAGGGUAACUGCAAAUUGUGGCCAGUUUUGUAAAUUAUAAUCAGCCAGUAAUUAAUCAGCCCAGAUGGUCUUUAACCUUCAGCAAUGCAGCUGUUCAUUUUGUUCUCACAUGAGCCCAAUCUGAUUAGUUUUUGAGUAAAGCCACACUUGAUACUUAUGACCUAUGUUCAAUAUUUGUUUAAAACCUCAAGCAGCCAGUGCUGUGGAGAGCUUGAAUUCAUUCUUUGUGUAUACCUCCAUAACCUUGACAUAUAAUUGAUUUGACAUUCUGAUCAUAAGUUCUCAUAAUUUAUUUCUUGCUGCGCUGUUGCUCAGUUUACAUAUUAAUCACCCUUAAGAACCAUUGUACAGAUCUCCACUAUGUAAGUCUUAUCUCCUUGUGAAGCAUAGCACAUGCUGGACUGCAUGCUUGAAAGAUCUUAAUGUGAAAUAUUUUACUGGUCAGUAAUUCUGAAUACUUGUAACUCGAGUGUUUCUUCUCUGUCAAAUUGGUGCUUUAAGUAUUAUUGUGCCAGGGGGGUUCACUAAGUGUCUGUGAAGAACUGAAAAACCAUCUCAAGCCACAAAAUUCUCAAAUCUGCUAAAAUUCAAUAGACCACUAGUCUUCAAUGCUUUCGGACCACUUUGGUUUCCAUGAUCUGGGGAUGCUUGGUGCCAGCAUUUGUUGCAAAAUGAAGGAUCUUUGAAUAAAAUUGGAAAGCUGAAUUAUCCUUAUAUAUCCAAUUCAUAUAUUGCCUAUACAGAUUUCCUGGGAAAAUAUUUUAACUGUAUAUGUAAAAUUGUCACUUUGUUUUACGGUCAUUUAUAUAUGUAUUCAAUGGUUUAUGGUUGUUUGCAAUGUGUUAAAAAUAUAUAAAUAUAUGUUUUGACUUUUGUCUAUACAUUUGCAAAUUGUUUGGCCACCUGAUAUCACAUUUUUUCUACACUUAGACCUCACUUUUUCCAUCAAGUUAAAUUUAAGGCAAUUGUCACUCCUGUUAGAGAUUGGCAACAAAUGUGUUUGCCGUGUGGCAAGUCUCACUAAAAUUUUUGAUAUUACUUGUGAGUUUGUCACUUUCUUUUUAAUACAUUAUUUUUGUGUGGUUUUUUUUUUUUUUUUUUUUUCCCUCCAUUUUUAGAAACUCCAUUUCAGUGUGUCUGGCUGUGAGGUGUAGAACUAAUGGGACAAAGAAGGUUAAAGAUGAACACCUAUAUUGUAAAGUGUGUUUUGUUUUGUAAAACCAACUGUUGGCCUGUAUAGUAUAAUUUAAAAGAAGGAAAAAAAAAAAUUACAAAUUAAAUUGCAACGGCACCAGCCAUUUAUUUCUUUAAAAGAGAUCUACAAUGGUAUUCUCUAUUUAACUUUUUUUGUAUCAUGGAAAUAAUGAAAAGACCUCCAAAUGUAUUUCCAUAAAGUGAACAUUAAAGAAAUCUUUUGUAGAAA